AAUGAUGGAGGAUUUCAUGGUGGUGUCAAAUUUAAUAAUUUUGUAAGAUCCAUCUUUAGCGGUCAAAGCAUUUCUCUUUUUCUCUGACUGCAGGCUCUAUACUGUGUACUCUCAUAAAUCUUUUAAGUAGAACAUAAGAAAUAAAUCCAUUCGUCUGACCUCAUAGAGGUUCGUGGUCGUAGACUAUAAAAAGUGUAAUACAAUACAUAGGUACUCUUGCUCCUUGAUACCUACUUACCAAAUUGUAUCGACUGUAGGCGGAACUCUACUAGUAAGAGGUAUUCAUCUUCGGAAUCGUUUGAGGACACGUUACCGGUUUCAACGUUCCACCCCAGGAAAAUUAAAGAAAACGUCAGUUUCCCCGGAGCUCAAAUGGAUUUCAAAAUGCAUGAAUAUACUCACGCCAUUGUUGGAAAAGUGACUCCAGCGUUACGUUUGACGGACAAAGCUGAUUUAAAUGAUGCCCGCCGGCAAUUUGACUGCUACCUAAGAUUACUUAAGGAAUUAAAUGUGGAAGUAUUAGAAUUGGAUAUUGGUAGCUCUUUUCCUGACAACAUUUUUUUGGAAGACGUUGCGAACGUAUGCCAUGGCAUAGCAUUGCUGCCAAAAGCUUCAUCUACAGUGGAGGAAAUAAAGAUGAAAGCUAUCAAGAAGGUUUUAUCCAAAGAACUUGGCCUGACUGUUAUCGAUGUAAAUGAUCCUGAUGCUAAAUUAGUUGGCUCUGAUGUGCUUUUCACAGGCCAGGAGUUCUUUGUUGGAAUCUGUGAGACCAGCAACGAAGCAGGUGCCAGUGCUGUCGCUGAAGCAUUUCCAGAGUUUCCAUGCACUCCUAUUAAGAUGGCAAAAGGGACGCGCAGUUUGAAAAAGUAUAUUACUGUGGCCGGCCCAGAAAUUCUCUGCGUUGGCGCAAGUAAAGAAGCUAAAGAGAUCCUUAAGAGAAUGGAAAGAGAAGCUACAUUCUCUUAUCAAACCUUGACCGUUCCUGAGGACGAAGCAGCCAACUGUCUCUAUAUAAACGGAACUUUAAUUCACAGGGCAAUAGAAGAGAUUCCCGAUUCAUUUAAGGUAUUUUGCGAGAAGAUUGAUUUUGCUCGAAGAUCGAUUUGUUUCUCUGAGUUGGCCAAGAUCUCCACUGGACUGAGCGCAUGUUGUUUGUUGGUAAGGAAGACUUAAACGACAAACUGAAGGAUUAAAUCUACAGUUUUAGUUGUUGAUUAUUCUAAAUGGCAGAGGUAACAGCCGAUGUGUUCAAAAACAAUACCAUUGCUUAUUGUUAAAUAAUAAAUAAAUAUGCUUAUAAAAUGUAUUAAAUGAGACCUUCUUUAAAAGUAUUUUAUCUCGAAAAUAAUUAAAAGCGUUCAAAACUAACUUAAAUAAAACAUGACCUCAAUAUCUACAAUAAUAUUAUUUGUAAGUUGUCAUAAAUGCUUAAAUGAAAACUUUACUCUUUAUAGAUUCUAUUAAUGUUAUUUCUAUUUGUCUCUUAUUUUCAAGCAAGAUGGAAUGCUAUUGCUACUUUUUGCAAAGGACAUUAUUAUCAUAGGGUCAUCUUUAAAAUAUGCACAGCCAAUUAAGCCGCUGAGUGUCACACAAUAUGAACAAUUUAGGUUAUUAAUAAUAUGUUAAAAAGACUAUUUAAGUAUUACAAAGGUUAAUUUUUGAAUGCAAAAUGUAUUAAUGCUUUAUACAUGGACAGACAUGGCAUGGGGUUUUUACUAAAAAAUUCUAUAAAAACCCUUGUUAUAUAAUACAAAGGACAAUAAAUAACACCGGCAGACACGCACAUUAUGGAAGUAUGCUACCUGUGAAACAAUAAAAUUAAUUUAUUUAACUUAUUGUAACUUAUUGUAAUAAAAUAUUUAUUAUAAUUAAAAAUAUGGAAUCACUAAUCGUACAAAAGCAGCAGGACGAGCUAGUCUUUUUAAAUAUUAUUUAUGAAAAGUAUAAACAUAAUUUAUUAUUAUUAUACAGUAGCUUUAAAUUAUAUGUAUAAUCAAGUAUGAAAAACUUAUAAAAUAACCCGAUGUAGUUUUUAAAAUUGUAGCUGCGUACCUUCCUUCACUGUACUUUGCAAUAUCGUUUUCGAUUUCUGCAAAAGGUACCUGUAGUAAAAAUGUGUAUGUUUAUAUUAUGAUAAAAUAUUUGAGGUUGUAAUACUCUAUAAUAACUAUUCUGUAAGUUGCUAUUGAUAUUGUAUUUAUACCUUUCUAUGUAUGUUUGGUAAUAUAAGUAUUUCAGGGUAAGAAAAAUACUGUAAAAACACGAGCACGGGUCACUUCUGUUAAUACCUUGACAGUAUGUAUCUCCAUAGAUAAGAAUAAAUACUUCGUUGUCUCUCUUUUUCUCUUUACAAAAAGUGUAAAAGAGAAAGAUAUACUGUCACGGUGACAAGAAGUGACCUACUCAGCCUAAUGAUGCAUUCCCCAAUUAUAUUAUUCCUCCAGUAUACACGCAUUCCAAUUUUCUCUAACUAUUUGAUCUUUUAACAAUGUCUUAUUGACUCUUAUUGACAAACAAUUAAAUUAUACUUUUUAUUAUCAGGAAAAUACCAGGCCAAAAUAUUUCUGAAACUAAAAAUACGGGUGAUUGCCGUUAUAUUAGGCUAAGCAAUAUUAAUUAACUCUCUGUAAAGUGACAUCAUUAUUAAUUUUCAAUUUUAUUCAGCCUUUGAAUGAAACUAUACUAGUUAAAAAACCCUUUGUCCUCUUUUGCGGCAGAACAUUGCAGUAAUACAUACUUAACCUACAAAUUAUUAUUUUAGUUACGAUAUUGUUUUAUUUAAGUAUGCGUUAGGUGAAAAAUUUGGAGAGCGGAGUUAUCAAGUUAUCAUUGCCUCAAUAAAAUACCGCUCCGUGAGUUUAUUUUUUUUUCUCGCAGUCAGCAAUUUAAUUUAAUAUUUAAAGAGUGACGUCUUAUUUAUAAGAGCACUAGCUAUUGCCCGCGGUUUCUCCCGCGUGAAAUUCAGUUUGUCACAGAUCGUUUUAAGUUUUAAUACGUUAUUAUAAUGUAUUCUACUAAUAGUUUAAACGCAAAAGUUUACGCCCCCAAAUAAUUUUCCAUUGUUCUGUUUAACAGGCGAGGAUAAUUUUGAUUUUUAACUAACAGGCCAACAUAAUCUUCUUUAUCAACAAGACUCCUUUCGAAAGAUUGUUAUCAAAAUCCAUUUUGUCGUUUAUGCGUGAAAUAGUAACAAAAAAUACAUAGGUACAUUACAAUCGUACAAACUUACGCGUUCAUAAUAAUAAUAGUAGGAAAUAAAAUAUCUCAGACUGAUACUUCAGAGCGAGAGCUAAUUAUUUUUAUUUAGCUUUUUGGCUAAUAUUAUUAUUAAUGUCAAACACAUAAUCUCAACAAUGUUGUUAAGUAAACUAAGUUUACAAAGUUAAUAAGUGGUUAAACCUAAGGUUUCGUAAGUAAUAAUAAUGAAAUGUAAACUAAACGCUUAAAAAGUACUUUUUUGUAGAUCGUAUUAUUAUUCGCACUGUGUAGUUGUUUAUUUAAUGAGCAUUCCUUGAAAAUGUAUGUAAUCGUGUAUUAUUAGUAUUUAAACUACUUAUUGUAUUGCUGUUGCUUGUAUUAUUCGAAUAAUAAUAAUAAUACCUAUAAAGUGAUGUCUUGUAAUCAUUGUGUAGUGACGAGUUUGUAAAUCUCUACGUUUUCUGGAUACAGUUACCUUUAUUUAAUUAUUACUCACAAAAAAUAUUACUAAGAAAUGUAGGUUAUCUUAAUUUUGUAACGAGUGAACAACAUCCUUGUAAGUGAUUGUGGGCUUAGUGAAGGAUUAUACCAAACGUCAUUACUAGCGAAAAAAAUUAUACUAAAUGUAUGACAGAUUGUACAGCGUCCCUAGCGGAUACUUUGAAGAACUAAAAUCUUCGUAGACUUUGAAGAACUAAAAUCUUCGUAGAUUUUUUAUGCACUCGCUAGCGAUAACGUUCAAUACAAACUUGCACUAAGCACACAAGUAAUUUGCAAGUUUUGCAACCAAAUGUUAAUUAUGUAUAUGCCUCGGUAAAGUCAACCAUUUAAGUGGCUUCACCCGCGUGAAAUUUAGUUUGUCACAGAUCGUCAUAAAUUAUAGCCUACUAGCGGCCGCCCGCAACUUCGUACGCGUGGACCUUGUUUUACCCCCUUAGUUCGUAGAAUCUGUUGAUAGAUAUCAUGUUGAUAGAUGGCGUUUCACGGCUUCCCCCGCAUAAAUAUUUACGAACGUCAAAAACAGUAGUUUGUCCAGUGCUGUAGAUUUUAACCAAUGACGAUAGAUGGCGCUUUUUAGACACGUCUAUUAAAUUAUUGAAAUUUAAUUGUUACAUAUCGUCAAAAAUUAUAGCCUAUAUGUUAAUCUGGGUUGAAAACAAUAAUACUGUAAAGUUUAAACAAAAUCCGUUCAGCAGUUUUUGCGUGAAAGAGAUCCAUACAAACUUUCGCAUUUAUAAUAUUAGUAAGAUUAGUAAGACAUUGCUAAGAUUUUGAUUUUAAUUUUGCAUGGAAAUAAUGCCCUAAAUCAGUAAGUAUUUUUUUAAAAUCUGGGAUCCUUAUUGAGAUUUAUAAACUCAAUUAAGUGAAUGUAAGAUAUUACGGUAGGCGUUUUAAUAUUUUUGUCUGAUGUCUUAUCAUGUCGUACAUACACAUAUGAAAUAAAUUAUUGUACUUUUUACGCAAAUACAAGUUCUAAUGUAAUGAAAAUAGACAUAGACAUCUUUUAUUUUCUUUUUGUUUUUUGCUGCUAAACGCCGCGUAUGAACAGUUUGGUUGAUUUUCUUAUAACUUGAAAAUUAUAAUGUUGGAAAAACGUAAUAAGGCAUCUGACAAUAUGGUACAUAGAGUUACUAGUAAUUUCAUUCUUUCCAAAAGGCCAAGAUAAUCCAAAAAAGAGACAAUUGAUAAAAUGGUUUAAUCUUGCCUCAUAAAACAUAGUACACCGUGUUACUUUGCAUUCUUGCCAUAUUCACAGAGAUAAAAGUAGGGAACAAUACCUAUUAUUUAAGAUAAACAAGAGACUCCCAUAAAGAAAGUACACUAAGAUUUUAGUAAAUUUGGUUUUUCAGUACAAAUUGGAAUAAACCAAUUUUUUGUCUCGCACGGUCUACAGGUGCAAGUGGAAUAAACCUAGUGGGCGUGGCCUAGUUCUUAAUAAUCUGAUGUUUUAUGGCUCUGGGUACCAGCCUUUUUAUCCAGUCAUAAUAAUUAUUUUAAAAUACUUUUCAGUUGAUUUCAGAUUUUCCUUUCUACUUUACGGGCUUAGGACCGUCAAAAAUAGGUAAUAAUUAUUAGGGUUUUAAUUAAUUUAUAACAUUGUACCCUAUUUUUACAAAUUAAUAAAUUAAGUAUGAAAUGAAAUCACCUUAUUCACAAUUAAUUAUUUAUUUAUAAGUUCCUACUUACAAAGUUUACGUACUGCGUAGCAAGUGUUCAAAGUGUCCUCCGUUCUGAUGAAGGCACAGUCUAGCACGGCGAAGCGUAGGUUUUUCGCUUUAGUUUUCGCAACACAUAAACGUUUUGUCUCACAGUUUCACUAAAACAAUCCUUUCAUGUAACGCGUUUACACUGUUUAUCUCUUCUGCGCAUACCAGUCGUUUCAAGUCACUCCAAAAAUCCAAUGCUGUCAGGUCCGAGGAUCGUGGUGGCCAAGCUAUUAUACCCCUCGUCCAAUCCACUGUUCACCAAACGUAUUAUUCGCGCACUUGACGUCCUUAUUGUGGCCGAGCACCAUCCUGCUGGUAGUAGAGCAUUUGGUGUAACGCUAAGGGUACGUCAUCAAGCAUUUCGUCUAAGACGUCUUGCAGACACUCCAAGCACCAUUUUGAUUAAAUUAUUCGUUGUUUGUAAUGGGUCCAUAUUCGGUUGCAUGAAAAAUAUUGUCAUAAUUUAAGAGUGCAUAAAGUUUUUUGGCAUACUCAUCAUUUCGCAUAACGUUGAUACAGAAUAAAUCAUAAGGCAUAUUUUUUUGCCAUAACCACUUUUAUUAUAAUAAUAUUUUAGUAUAUAUUUUUUCUGUAUUCUUGUUUUUUUAAUAACGAUUUCUAGGCAUAACAUUUAUUGGCAUCUAAACCAAUGCCAUAAAUAUUACUAUUCAUAAUAUACAAAAUACCAUAAUGUUAACAAAUAUGAAAUAUAAAAAUGUUAUACAUAUAAAAUAUAAGUUAACAAAAUAUAAAUAGACAAGCAAGCAUGCAAACAAGCAUGCAAGCAAGCAGCAAGCAUGCAAUCAAACAGCAAGCACACAAGCAUGCAAGCAAGCUGCAAGGAAGCAUGUAAGCAUGCAUGCAAGCAAGGUUGCAAACAAGCAGCAAGCAUGUAAGCAAGCAGCAAGCAAGCAUGCAAGCAAGCAGCAAGCAUGCAAGCAAGCAAGCAGCAAGCAAGCGGCAAGCAAGCAUGCAAGCAAGCAGCAAGGAAGCAUGCAUGCAAGCAAGGAUGCAAGCAUGCAAGCAAGCAUUCCUCUGGAGUGCUGAAGGACCGCACUACCUCCGCGCCUCCGGCUUUUAAAUUACACUCUAGUAUAGGGCAGACUAGUACCACGUGGAAGAGACCACGGCCAAUCGGGAUCUACAUAAUUCCAGACCAGGCAAGCUUAAUGCUGUAAAAGAAAUGUGGACUGUAUAAUAUGUGCGUUAUAAUAGAUAAGAGGGAUUCGAGAUCAAACGGAAUGUAUUUUCACGAGCUUAAGUUUUCUAAGAGACAGGUCAAAAAUUAAGAACAAAAAUGUCAAUGACACAGAAUUUAGUUUUUACUAAUCUAUAGACCGAGAGAGUAUAAAGGUGGAAGGAGGAUCGUUCGCAAGAUCACAAAUACAUAAUUAUUUACUCUUCAAUGUUGGUUGCUCUUAUAGACGAUAAUUAUGACUUUAAAUGUUAUAAAUAAUUACAUUAUGUUUAUCGCAUUUUAUUAAAAACAAAAUUUAGGAAUAUAAAAAUUAUGUUCUUUACAUUUAUGAUUAUUUAAAUUAUGGUAUUGAAAAUUAGAGAAAGUUAUUAUUAUGCCUAAGAAACCAUUAUGCAUUUAGAAAACUAUGCAUAUCAAUGUUUAUGCGAAAAAACUUUAUGCAAAUACUGUUAUGCCAAACUAAAUUAUAAUGAAAAAUGUUAUGCGUCUGAGAGGGCACCCGUUUGUAAUACACUUCCACACGUAAUACACUUCAGUCAUUUUUGUAUUAUUUGUAACGUGAUUUGUGAUUGAUGGAUUUCUCAGUUAUUAUAUUUUCGGUCAUUAUUUUUUUACGGAUUUGUGUUCAGUAUCAGUAAUAUAGUAACCUCUGUAAAUAUGGCAAGAAUGCAAAGUAACACCCUGUAUUAUUAUGCUGGGUUGCACCAUCUAAUUAACUAACUUAACAAACUUCAAAAAUCUGUCAAAUACAAAAACACCGGUUAACAUUAUAGUAACGGACAACGGUUAAAGUUAGAAAGUUGAUUAUGCAACUCAGCCUUUAGUGUCAUAUUAUCACAAGCCUGUAUAAAUUAUUUUUUUCUGCAGAUUAAUUUAUUGAAAUUUCUAGUAACUGUUCCAAAGUAAUUGUAAUGUUGGAAUCUUAAGGAUGGAAUCUCGAUAACUCAUUUAUUCAUACCCGCAAUUUAUAUGUAAUGUGGUACCUAACAAUGAUAUAAUUGUAUUGUAGAAGAAAAGAAAUAAAUCAACCUGAUAAAA